GGAGCACGUGAAGAUGGAGUACAGCACAGCUGCUCGUGUCAACGAUUCAGUGACACAGUUUAAAGUCUACGAAGAUUAUCUCGACUCAAAUGUCAAGCCAAUGGAUUUAUUUUACCUAAAAAGCAGGGAGUUGGCCCGUAAGCUGGUGGAGCACGGCCACAAGGGCACAGUCCUGAGCAGGGAAGAAUUUGAGGAGAAGAAAGCAGCUGCACAGGCUGCGAAAAGCAACACUUUCUACAGCAGGAGCCGACCAAUGUACUACAACUGGAAGACAAGGCCCAGAAGUCCAUGUCAGCCAAACUGUCCUGACCUGCGCGUGGCUCACGGCAGCCCUGCAAGGUUUCCAUCAGGCUGCGCCCGCGAUCUCCCCCGCAGUCCAAAACCACAGCCAUGCUCCAUGUCCAUUGUGCUGCUGCGUUUGUACAGUUCCACCUCAAGAAUUCUCCGCUCUCUAACUCUCUACUCUAUAUUAAAAAUGGCUACAGGGCUCAGAGAGCCCUGGACAGUGCUGUCAAUCCACAACACAAACCAGGGUGGGGCGGGACCUCAUGCCAUGGUGCGGGAGUCGCGGGAGGGGCUGCUGGCGGAGCUGAAAAUGGAUAAGCAGAAGAAACGGCCCCGGGUGCGCUGA